CACGGAGCUCACGCACUCGAAUAAAAUACAGCCGAUUAUGUCUUCGACUUCUCUUUCGGUACCUUCGACCACAGGCUUGACAGCCGCCGGGCGUAUCUUCUUUCCAGCGAACAUUAUAUCCUGCACAUCCUCAUCGUUGCAGGGCCGCACACUCCAGGUCAGCUUACCGGGCUGAAAACAAAUUUCACCGCAUUCUGUACCUCUACCCUGAGCUGUCCGUUAACAUGCAAGCUGCACGGGCGAGCGUACGCCGCUUCAAGCCAUCUGGCGAUGUAAUUCGCAAAAGCCUCUCUGGGCCUGGGCGGACACCAAGCUCUCGAGCAUCGAGCUCCAAGGCAAGCGACCGACCACACUUCCCUUGUGUGGAUGCGCACGCGGCACGAGAAUUACACCUCCGCUCCUCCCUCCGCUCGUCGAUCUCGUCGUCAUCUUCGACGUCGUCCUCACACUCAGGACCGGAGCCUGCGUACGCAAGACCUAGCCCAGCAUCCUAUCAUGUGUACCACCAUCCACGUCCCCUGCCUCUUACUUACGCUUCUCCUCUUCCAUCCAUUAACAUUGCCUACGAGACUUGGGGCACGCUUUCACCAACUAGGGACAACGUGAUCCUGCUUCACACUGGCUUGUCCGCCUCCUCCCACGCUGCAUCUACUGACUUGAAUCCCGCCGAGGGCUGGUGGGAGAACUUUAUUGGCCCAGGUCGAGCUCUGGACACCAACCAGUUCUUCAUCAUCUGUACCAACGUGCUCGGUGGAUGCUAUGGCACGACAGGGCCAUCAUCGGUAGACCCCAGUACUGGACAACGCUAUGCGACCCACUUCCCUGUCAUCUCCAUUUUCGACAUGGUCCAAGCUCAGUUCUGCCUGCUCGAUCAUCUGGGAAUCGAAAAUCUCUAUGCGAGUGUAGGGUCAUCAAUGGGCGCGAUGCAGAGUCUAGCUGCAGGAUGGUUGUAUCCGGAGCGGGUGGGCAAAGUUGUGAGCAUCAGCGGGACAGCAAGAAGUAGCCCUAGUGCUAUUGCUAUGCGCUUUGCUCAGCGGAGUGUUCUCAUGGCAGACCCCAAUUGGAACAAAGGGUUCUACUACGACGGCCUCCCACCACACACAGGCAUGAAGCUGGCACGACAAAUUGCAACAAUCACAUAUCGCUCAGGUCCGGAGUGGGACAUGAGGUUCGGGCGGAAAUUACGGCGUCUACCCGCCGCAGAAAAUUCAGAAGAAAGUCCGGAGAUCGCAGACAAGCCGCGCGCACCUGCCCUGUGUCCCGACUUUCUGAUCGAAACGUACCUCGAUUACCAGGGCGAAUCGUUCUGCUUGAAGUACGACGCAAAUUCGCUUAUCUACAUAUCCAAAGCCAUGGAUAUCUUUGACUUGACCGGCUCUGCCCUUGCCGAGCUUCGCUUCACCCCACCACCACCCCGUAGUUCCCCGCCUCCGCUUCCGCCAUCUAUGUCCGCUCAUCCGACCUCGCCCACGCACACACAUUACCACUGGGUGCUGUCGCACUCAAAAUCACAUCCUCCUCCCCCGAACCCACCUGCACACUUGCCGGAGCUUGCGGAGGGCCUACGGCCGCUGGCAAACACGCCCACUCUUAUCCUUGGCGUGCAGAGCGACAUCCUGUUCCCCGUUGAGCAGCAGCGCGAAGUUGCGGACGCAUUGAGGAUGGCAGGAAACCAGAUGGUAAGCUACUUUGAGUUGGGUGGAGUUUGGGGGCAUGAUACAUUCUUGCUUGAUGUGCAAAAUGUCGGCGGCGCCAUCCGCGGAUUCCUAUCAUGAGUCCGGUCCGGAAUCAAGACCUCGUCAUGUACUGCUGUUGUUCGCUCUCAUUCCUCAUUCUACCGCAUGUAUAGCAGUCCUCAUAGCACAGUCUCGGGCACUCUUGCAUUACACGCACGAUCUACUAGCAAUCCCAUUGUAUCAAUGUGUCAUCAUGC